AUGAAUAGUUCUGGUACUGUCAAGUCCUCAUUUGAUAAUAGAAGGAGGAAGCACAGUGCAGACAGUGGCAUAUUGCCUUCUAACGGUGUUGACGCCAUACCCAAGUCAUCUAUUGUUGAAGAAUCACAUCUAUCAAACUCACAACAAGCAUCACUAGAUUCAAGAGACUUGCUUUCAAAUCCAAAUAGUCUUACAAAAAAUAACAAGUCAUACCAAAGCGGCACGGAAAAAAGUUCACAUAGCAGUUAUAGAUCAAACAGUCAUGAACCUAAAACACCUAUUGACUCUGAACAACAAGAAGAUAAUAAUUUUAAUCUGAGUGAUUUUGCCGCUGACGAUAUGGAAAGCAUCAAAAACCCAAGUGAAUUAUUACUUUAUGAGCCAGCUCAUGAGAUGAGUGAACUUUAUGAUUCCGUUGAUAAUUGGAGCCCAAUGGAAAGUAUUGACAUUCCAGAAUACUCUCAAUAUGAUAUGGAUAACUAUAGAUCACUUGAACCAUCACUUUAUGAGACCACUCUCCUACAAAGAGAUACCCAGCCUCAAGAUUUGAUCGAGAAUUUACCAAUUGAAAGAAGAAUUUCACAUUACUCACAAGAUCCACUCUCAUUUCUAAUGUCACAAGAUAAAGUAAUCAAUUUACAUCUUCAACAAAAUAUUCAGAGCCAUGCCGAAGUUUCCAAAAAAGGGUUAAGCUCUAAACCAAUACGGCAUAAUAUUGAAAACUGCCUAAAAUCACUUUCUUCUGUCUAUCAAUCUAUUGCAGAACUUUACCAAAAAGAACAAAAGAGGAAAUCAAUAAUUUUGAAGUCAUUUGAAAAGUGGGAACAGAAUAAGAAAAUACUUAAUGAAAAAGUUCAGGAUAUAAGGAGUGAAAAUAAUACUGAGGGUUAUAGACUCACUCAACUGUUGAAAGAAUCUACCACGGUGGAUGAGGAAAUUGAAAGCCUUGAAAAGAGACUAAAGCAAUUAAAAGAGAAGAAAAAGGUAUUAGGCAAUGAGAUUGCCCAAUCUCAAAGCAUUAUCGAGAGUCGCUCGUCAUCUUACUUGGAGUCAUUAAGAGAAAUCGAGAAAGUUGAAAAGAAUGCCAUCAUAAAGUUAUCACACGAAAGGUCAAUUGAAAGUGGUUUAUCAAAUUCGUCUCUUGGAUUCCCAAUUGGAAACAACACGAGACAGAAAUUUGGGCUGAAGAACUUUCUAAGAAGUUUUUCCACUCCUUUGGAUUCAACGUUUGAUGAAGUUGAUGCUGCACCAGUUAUUGAGCUUAUUGAAAGACAGAUAGAUACAUUCAAAGAUUGUAUUGAUGACUAUAAGCUUAAAGAAACAAGUUACGAAGAAGCUUUUAUUAUAUGGGCUGAUAUUUCUACUAUAUUGAAUGGGUUAGAAACAACAAUUUAUGACAUUUUGCAGCAAAAUGGAUCCUCAAAAGAUGAUAUCAAAUCAAAGAUAGUGGAUAAUCUAACACAAACCCAAAAAUUGCUUAUUGAAAGACUUGAUUCAAUAAACAACAUGAAUGGCCAACUAAAAAGUUUAAUUCACACUGAGAUUUCAAUUCUUGAUAUGGGUAUAAAGAUGAUUCAACCUGACCAUAAAUCAAAUGCACCAUCACCCCCUGACGAUACCAAGGAAGCUCAAGUGUUAGCACCAACAGUAAACCCAACAGUGGCAAAAUUUAGUAUCUCUGAUAAAGCUUUGGCUUCUUCACCUCCACAUGCAACAUUGGCUGUCGGUUCUGGAAGCUUCUCAUCUUCUGGUACAACUCUCAAAUCCCAGAUAAAAAAUGGACUAUUCAAAAAAGAUGUGACAAAAGAUAAAGAGAAACAAACUAAAAGGGAUUGA